AUGAUGUCGACACAUUCAAAAGAUAUACCUGAUUCCACAGGUCUGCCUAUACGCCAACCAGGACUUGCACAAGAUGUCAACGACCAAGAAGACCAUGUCGACGAAGCACUUGCCCGACGCCAGGAGCUCCUGAAUCAACUCUCAGAAGCUCGCGAGAAACAACGCAAACUACAGGAGAAACUUGCAUUGUUGUCCUCCAACAAUCAACAAGAACUUUCACACAAAAACAACAGUCCCCCACCGCCGAGUGAGAAAAUCCCCACCUUUUGGGGGCGCACCGCCAGUGAACUCAAUGCCUUCCUUGGUCAUUUGAACACUCACUUUGACGAGUAUCCAGACUGGUUCGCAUACUCUCCAAGUAAGGUGACCUGUGCUGUGAAAUGCCUAUCCGAAAAACGACACGAGCAAUGGAAGUCUCACGUGCAGGACCUCGAGACUAUUCCCCCUUGGUCUGAUUUUUUGAAAUUCUGUUUGCGAGUGAUACACGAGGAUCCUGAAAAUAUCGAUCGGGACUUCAAGGCAUCAGCUGUCUAUGAAAAAAUGCGCCAGAAACAUACGCAGUCUGUUCGUGACCUUGUUGCUGAACUGGAGGAUCAACAUCAACAACUCCUUGUGCCGUAUGACAAUACGCAACGAAAGGACCGUUUGAGGAGCGCUGUGCUUGUUGCUAUUCUUAUAGAAGCUGAUACACACUCCGAUGAACCGGAGGAUUACGCGAGCUACGUUGAAUUUCUUCAUAAUGCCGAAAUGAACAUUCCAGUCCGGCAGCAGGCAUUACGAGAGGCAGAAGAGGCUUCAAGCUAG